GCUAUAAAUACAGGACAAACCAAUUCAUAGAGGGACAGAGGCGAACAAUCAUACUUUUCACUCGGGAUUCGUUCAUUAUUUACGUUGAUGAGAAUGGCUCAGAUUGCAAAGUUGUUUUUUCUCUGCGUGCUGAUUGGUUGGUCAAAGGCAUUUCCACAGCGUGAUGUCAUCAGUGAGGAUAAAGCGAUGAAAGAUGCUGAACGUCUGGACAGAGAAAGAAGAGAUGUUAAAAUUGAUUUUACUCCACCAACAUGCCGUGUGACAAACAUGACUUCAGACUGCCUCCCCUCAUGUGGAAAUAAACCCUUGGAAGUGACGUUUGUAAUGUCGGAUGGCAAAGGCUCAGGACUCGCUUACACCACAAUCUAUUCCAGCGGCCUCCCGAGUUACAGCAACAUGACACAAUAUGAUGGUCUGGAUGAAGCAGGCAACAACGCAACCUUUCUGCAUUACUCGGGCACCUGCUGCACUGAAGAUGUGCUGAUUACUGUGAUGGAUAAGGCUGGAAACAUGGGCACGUGUCCGUUUGUUAUAAAGCGUGCUGUCAGUCCCUCAUCCAGCAACUCCAUCACAGCCGUCUCCCUUUGGUCAACUUUAAUAUUGAUGGCACUUAAAUCUAUACUGCUGUAAAAUGGACUUUAUGUAUGCUCACUUCAUACACAUCUAAAGGUGAAGGUCAAACACUUCCCAUGAUAUUUAACAGAGCAAAUUCAUUUAUCACUAUGUUUUUUGUUAUAUCUUUCUUAUUUUGUUAAGUUUGGCUGGAAUAUUUACAUCCGAUUGGCAACAGAGCAAAUCACUGCUGUCCAAUGACUUGCCUUUAACCUCAGGGCUUGCAAAACGUCCCAGGAGCUAUUAUUUUUUCCAGUCGGGCUACCAAAAAUGAUUCCAUCCUGCCCGUCGAACUAUCCUAAUAGGAGAAAAAAUAUAGUCAAUGCUUUUGCCUUCUCUUACAAAUCUGGUAAUUCUGUUGUAUGUAAUUCUCAUGUAUCGAGGAGCCACUGUCAAUAUGUGUUUGGCGUUUGCACUAUCUGGUGUUGACAAAAGAACCAGUACUUUGGUACUAAGCAUUUUUUUCUGACAUAAAAAAAUGAUAAAAUAAAGGUCGGCAUGGUGCCUCA